AUAAUUCUCAGGGCAGAUUCACUGACAACAAAUCAUAAACAACAAAUAUUAUCAGAUUCACUUCAUGGAAACCUAUUCAGUAAUGUCUGUUCACCAAAGGGUUAAGAGAAAAUUAGAAAAAAAGCAUUGAAAGCCAAGAAAUGGAAUAAGGAAUGUGUUCAAACUGCUGUCCCCCAUCUCAUGCUAGAGAACCAUGUUGAACUUUCUUUUUACUGGCAGCUUAAUUUCUUUAACUUCUGAGAAUGAAUGAUUAAAAAAGCUGCAAUUGGCUCAGACACUUUGAGUUUUGAAUUAUUAACUGGACAUACAAUAAAUUGUGUGGAGAAACAGGGUUGCCAGUCUGUUGAGAUGAUCAGUGGAACUCUACUUGCUGUGAUCCUGUCCCUCUGUGUUACUUUUGGUGCAAAUGUGUCAGUCCUUCUCCAGUCUCCCAGCCUGGAACGGGUCACCAAAGGUCACACUGCCCGUUUACGGUGCACCAUGAAGAAUGCUGCAGUGACACACAUCGAUGUACACUGGUAUCGGUUGGAAAGACGGAUUAAGGUGGUCUGGAUUUUAACAUAUGAUGUGAGGAACAUCACACAACGGUACCCAGGAUUCACUGAGCGUUUCCAGCCUUCCAGAGACCCCUCCAGUAACAGCUUCAUUCUGACCAUCUCAAACGUGAGGCCCAGAGAUACUGGGGUCUAUUAUUGUAUGGUUUCGGGUAAUGUCCCCGGUAGAGGAAGCCAGCUCAUUGUAGAUAUUGCAAAUCCUGUCGUCCUUCUCCAGUCUCCGAGUCUCGAACAUGUCACCAGGGGUCACACUGCCCGGUUACAGUGCACCAUGAGGAAUGCCGCAGUGAAACACACCACUGUUAAAUGGGACAAACAAAAACCAGGGAGUCACUAUGUGCGAAUUUUAACACAUGGUAAAGAUGGCUCCACACAAUGGAGCCCAGGAUUCACUGAGCGAUUCCAGCCUUCGAGAGACUCCUCCAGUAACAGCUUCAUUCUGACCAUCACAAACGUUCAACCCAAUGACACUGCCGUGUAUUACUGCUCAGUGCGGGGUAGUAUCUAUGGGAGAGGAAGCCGAAUCAUUGUAAACCGUGCAAAUCCUCCAGUUCUUCUCCAGUCUCCGAGCCUGGAAUGGGUUACCGAGGGUCAAACUGCCCAUUUACAAUGCAUCAUGAGAAAUGCUGCAGUGACAGGCACCACUGUUAAAUGGUACCAUCAAAAAACAGGUUGCUGUAAAGUGCAAAUUUUAACACAUAGUAAAUAUGGCUCCACACAAUGGAGCCCAGGAUUCUCUGAGCGAAUCCAGUCUUCCAGAGACCCCUCCAAUAACAGCUUUAUUUUGACCAUUACCAAUGUGCAGCCCACUGACGCUGGGGUUUAUUACUGCUCAGUGUGGAGAAAGAUCUAUGGGAGAGGAAGUCAGCUCAAUAUUAUCAGUGUUAAUCCCCCAGUCCUUCUCCAGUCUCCAAGCCUGGAAUGUGUCACUGAGGGUCACUCUGCCCAGUUACAGUGCACCAUGAGGAAUGCUUCAGUGACACACACCAAUGUUCACUGGGACCGGGAACAAUCAGGGAAUAACACGGAGUGGGUUUUAACACAUGACGUGAGGAACAUCACACAAUGGAGCCCAGGAUUAACUGAGCGAUUCCAAUCUACCAGAGAUCCCUCCAGUAACAGCUUCAUUUUGACUAUCACAAAUGUGCAGCCCAAUGACGCUGGGGUCUAUUACUGUAAAGUGUGGGAGGAUAUCAGUGGGAAUGGAACUCGGCUGACUGUAAUGGGUACUGUGUUGAAUCCAGCGGUAGUACAGUUUCCAACAGUUCAGAGUGUCAGAGAGGGUCAGACAGUGAGAAUGACAGUGCACGAUCAAGAACAGCAAACUGCACGAAGUGAUCAGUCAUUGGUAACAACAGUGCCCCAGGAAAAGAAAGGACAAGAUGAUGACUCAUUCUAGAAAUAAUUCACCAGGAAACUCCUCCAGCUUUCCUGCUUUAUUUCAACAUUCCAGAGAGCCCUCCUAGAACAGUUUCAUUCUGACCAUUACAAGCGUACAGCCCAGUGACACUGCUGUCUCUACUUGCAAUGUGUGGGGCUAUACCCAUUCAAUUACUGUCCCUCAAUGUAAUAUAUCAGUCCAUAAGAUAUAAGGGGCAGAGUUAGGCCAUUUGGCCUAUCGAGCUUGCUCUGUAAUUCAAUCAUUGCAGAUAUGUUUUUGAAACUCAUUCUCCUGGUCACUCCAAACAACCUUUGCCCCCCUUACUGAUCCAGAACCUAUUUAAGACCUCUUGGUCUUAAAUACAUUCAAUGACUUGGCCACUGCAGCCCUCUGCGUAUUGAGUUCCACAGAUUCAUCGUCCUCUGGCUGAUGAAAUUCCUCCUCAUCUCAGCUGCCGUUGUGGAAUAGCACCCAGACUAAUAUCUCCCCAUGUGACUCUAUGUGAGAAAGCCUGGAAAGUUUUCCUAUGUUAAAGGCACUAUAAAACUGCAAAUUGUUGCUAUUUAAUCAGGUUUGAGCCAAUCCACACAUCAGCUUUUACAUUUUGACCUAAUAUAGCUUUCAGAUGUUGCAGUCAGAGACUGACAAAUGACAUCAUGAACAACAGUUGCUGCCUGUGGUUUGGGUAUGUUCUUGUUUAUAUCUUUGUUAAUCAUCACUGACAGAGUGAGUUCAGCAGAUAUUUUAAAUUGUACUUGAUUUCACUGAUAUAACCAGUUUCUGAAUAAAAAUCUAAUUAUCUGA